GAGGGAAGAGCGUGGGAGAGAUUGUUCAGGCUGUUCUCUCUCGUACGGCCAAGGAGGAGGGGGAGAAGGUACUGAGACCAGGACAGAGAAAGGCAGCUGCAUUGGCGAACAAAUGCCGGGAUCCCCUUAGAUAACUGGAAGGAGACCAGGAAUUGGAUUUGAAAUAAAUAAGGAGUCGCGGAGCCAGAGGGAAAAGAAAGCAGAAGAUUUUUUUUUCUCUCUCCCUCUGGGUGGUUGCAUUUGUCCUUUUUCGUUCCUUUUUAUCCCCCUUUUUCCCCCCCUCCUCUCCAGAUCGAUUUCUGAUUGUAAAUUCUGCAGGGAUCUACCCAAGCGCCCCCCCCCACACCCCCCCCUCCACCCUACCCGACCCUAACCGAGGGGAGAAAGUGGCUCUGGGCACACCAUGAGGGAAUACAAAGUGGUGGUGCUGGGCAGCGGAGGGGUGGGCAAGUCAGCGCUGACCGUGCAGUUUGUCACCGGCUCCUUCAUCGAGAAAUACGACCCGACCAUCGAGGACUUCUACAGGAAGGAAAUCGAGGUGGACUCCUCGCCGUCGGUGCUGGAGAUCCUGGACACGGCGGGCACCGAGCAAUUCGCCUCCAUGCGAGACCUGUACAUCAAGAACGGCCAAGGCUUCAUCCUGGUCUACAGCCUGGUCAACCAGCAGAGCUUCCAGGACAUCCGACCCAUGCGGGACCAGAUCAUCCGGGUGAAGCGCUACGAGAGGGUGCCCAUGCUGCUGGUGGGCAAUAAGGUGGACCUGGAAGGGGAGCGGGAGGUCUCCUUUGGCGAAGGCAAGGCUCUGGCCGAUGAAUGGAACUGCCCUUUCAUGGAGACUUCGGCCAAAAAUAAAACCUCCGUGGACGAACUGUUUGCAGAGAUCGUCAGGCAGAUGAACUAUGUGGCUCAGCCCAAUGGGGAUGAUCAUUGUUGCUCGUCCUGUGUUGUCCUGUGAUAGAUUUCUAUAUAAAUAUAUAUUACACGUUAUUAAAAAAAGGCACAGAGUUUCUAUGCAAAGUUGGAAAUAUGGAUAUUUGACAUCCCAUCUCUUGUGGCACCAACGUAAACUUUGGAGACACUGUAACAGAUGCCACACGAUUUGAAUCAGAGCUCCAUCUUACUGCUGUUUUAUUCAUGGGGUGUUUAGGGGUGUGGGGAAAGCAAAGUACAUCUAUUUUUUGUUGAACUGCUGUGACUUGAUUUUUGCCUCCUCUUCCCCUUUUUGUCCCUCCCUCCCCUGCCCUUUAACCUGUCUCCCCCUCACCCCACCCCCAUCCCCUCCCCCACCACCACCCCAUUGACAGAAAAGGGGAAAGGUAGGGCAAAUAUAUUUAACGUAAAAUGCGACAAUGGUUAUUUUUUUGAACUGUGUGCUGUGAAUGUGACAACUGUGGACUUGUACAAACAAGGGAGGAGAGAGAAGACUGAUGAAUGGACAUCUAGUGAGCCCAGGAGGGUGCAGACAAUUACUGUGCUGUGGUCCACAGACUGGCUGAUCGCAGGCCACCAACCGCCCUUGUGUCUAGUGCCUUUGAGAUUCCACUGUCAAUGCAGUACGUGCCAAUCUGUGAAAACCUCCAUGCCAUCCCAUGAGCUGCCAGCGCACAAAAUAAAAGUACUUUAAACUUU